CACAUAAAGUCCCCUCAACCUAUAGUCCUCUUGCAUAAAAGUCACAAAGCCCUCCACUUUGAGUUCCAUGCUCAAUGUUCUCAUUUCUAAAGAGAUAAAAAAGAGAGAGAUAAACUGAUUAAAAGAAAUUUCACAAAGCUCUCUUUAAUUUAUCCCUCCAUCUUCACUCUCUCAACUCUUUAUCCUUAGUUUCGUCUCUCCUGUCUUCUUGGUAACCAUGAGAGCUGAUGAAAAUAACACUUUAGAUCUUAAUAACUUACCUGAUGAUCCUUCUAGAGACAUUUUCCCAUUCUUUGAAGAAGGCUUCUCUUCAUCUUCUUCUUCUGGAGGGUUUAGAGAGAAGCAAACAAAAGAUGGGAAAGAGUAUGAAUGUAGAUUUUGUUCACUAAAGUUCUUCAAAUCUCAAGCUCUCGGUGGCCACAUGAACCGCCACCGUCAAGAAAGAGAGACGGAGUCACUAAACAAAGCUCGUGAACUUGUUCUUCGCAACGAUAGCUUUCCUCCUCAUCAAGGACCUCCAUCGUUUAGUUAUCAUCAAGGAGAUGUGCAUAUAGGAGACCUAACACAAUUUAAACCAAUGAUGUACCCACCGAGACAUUUCUCACUCCCCGGCUCUUCCUCCAUCCUCCAGCUGCAACCACCAUAUCUUUAUCCUCCGCUGUCUUCACCGUUUCCUCAACAUAACACCAACAUAGGCAACAACGGUACGCGUCACCAAACCCUAACCAAUAGCGUUUGCGGUGGUCGUGCACUACCUGACUCAAGUUACACCUUCAUCGGUGCACCAGUGGCUAAUGGUUCUAGAGUUGCUCCACAUCUACCUCCACAUCAUGGGCUAUAAUGAUAAUAAAAAAUUGAAACAAAUGUAUUUCUCUUUUUUGGAUUUUUCUUUUCAAAUUUGGUUGUUUAUUAAAUGUUAGACUUUAAUUUAUCCAUCAAGUGUUUAAAAUUUAUCUAUAGUUCAAUCAAAUAGAAAGCCCCGAGGGCGCCAUAUUCUAGGAGCCCAAACUAUGUGAUUGAAUAAAUCCUCCUCUAUCUGUUGCGGGUCGAGGACUCCUUCUCCUUCCCCUU